AGCACGUCCCCGCCGCCGCUCCGCCGGUUUGAACGUGGCGGGCCCGAUGUGGGCGGCGGGGCGGUGGGGGGCCGCUCGGCCCCCUUCCGACGCCUGGUUCCCGGCUGACUGCAGCGCCCGGUCGCGGCCUUCCUCGGGCUCCGUCUCCGCGCUCACGGCGGACGCCCGCGGGCAGGGGCUGGAGGCGGUGCGCUCGCCCUCCCCGCCGCUGAGCUACAGCAAUUCCACCCGGUCGCUGUUGUCUCCCCUCUGCCACCAGAGCUUCGCGUUUGACGACGACGGUGACGCGGCGGAUGAGGAAGAAGUGGACGAAGAUGCCCACGACUCAGCGGCCAAGGGGGCGAGCCUGGGAGGAGUGGAGUUGCGGGGGCGCGCCAGUGUGGUUGAAUCCAAAGAUAACCAAGAAGAACAGAAACAGGUGUGCUUACCAGAGAGCAGCCUGACACCAUGGGAAGUGUGGUUUGUUGGCAAAGAAAAAGAAGAACGUGGCCGCCUGCAACAGAGAGCUGUAGAGGAAUUAACUCAACAGCUAGAAAAAAUAAAAGAAAAGGAAGAACGUGAAAAAAGAAAGAUAAUUGCUGAAGAAAAGCACAAGGAAUGGGUUCAGAAAAAGAAUGAACAGAAAAGGAAAGAAAGGAAACAAAAAAUUAAUAAAGAAAUGGAAGCAAAAGCAGCAAAGGAACUGGAGAAAGAACAUUUGCAAGAAAAAGCAAAAGAAAAAUAUCAAGAAUGGUUAAAGAAAAAAAAUGCUGAAGAAUGUGAGAAGAAGAAGAAAGAAAAGGAAAAAGAAAAACAACGUCAAGCUGAAUUACAGGAAAAGAAAGAAAUAGCAGAAAGAAAGUUUAAGGAAUGGUUGGAAAAUUCAAAAAAAAAACCUCGUCCAGCUGCAAAAAGCUAUGGUUAUGCCAAUGGAAAACUUACAGGUUUUUACAAUGGAAAUUCUUAUCCAGAACCAGCCUUCUAUAAUCCAAUUCCCUGGAAACCAGUUCAUAUGCCUCCUCCCAAAGAAGCCAAGGAUCUAUCCGGAAAAAAGACUAAAAGGCCUGUGAUAAGUCAGCCACACAGGCCUUCAUCUCUGGGGAUCAUCAGGAAAUGAAAAUUUGUUGUGGCAAUAUAAAUCAGUCUUAAACCAAACUACAGUGAAGUUUGAUUGAAUAGUGAUCAAGGCUAAGGCAAAUUAGGUCAUGAAUAUGUGUGGACAGCUGCCUUUCAUUCAGCAUAAUGCUUUGCUGAGCAGAGAAGAACUCGUGUUUGGAGUAUUCCCAACAGAAUGUCAUAGAGAAAAAGAGGCUGCUGUUUCUGGUGAAGGUCAGAAGCUGAUGCAUACAUAGUUGGUGUGACAAUGAAUACCUUUUCUGAUCUGAUCCUCAGACACUGUCAGAAACGAACGAAUAAAUAAGAAUUUCAAGCCCAUGGGAAAUCAUGAGGUCGCAGAUUCUAGCUUCUGAAUGAACAAUUAACUUUGGUGCCUUCACCCAGAAUGAGGCUGUGUUUUUCAUUCCCUUGAACUUCUGUGCAG